AUGGCCGGGUUCCCGCUGGAGCGGCGGACGCUGGAGACGUACCUGCGAGGCGCGGUCCCGGCGUUUCCGUACGGGACGUACCUCGUCGGGCGGCUGCGCGCGCCGCGCGUCGGCGUCGGGGGGGGGGGCGAGGGCGAGAACUUCAUCGGCGACGACGACGACGGAUUCGACGACGGAUCCCCGCCCGGCGGCCCGGCGUCGUCGUGGAGCGAGGAGAAAUCGUCCGCGCACGGCCCGAUCGUGUGCACCGUCGGCGUGUCCUUCAACGCCGCGACGCGACGGCGGUUCACGUCGCUGUCGCCGCCGACGGACCAGGCGUACCUCAGCGAUCUCGUCGUCUUCGAGAGCGAACGCGGCGAAGGGCUCGGCCGCGCGAUGCUGCGCGCGGCGGAGACGUUCGCGAGGGACAUGAAGAGCGAGCACAUGUACCUGCACGUCGCGACGAAGAAGCCCGGGGUCGUGAGGUUGUACCGCGGCGCGGGGUACACGAUACGGGGCGUGGACCCGGGGUUGUUUGGGUGGCGAGGGCGGCUUCUCAUGCGGAAGGAGAUGGGGGCGGAGGACGCUCUCGUGGCGAGGCGAGAGUAUAAGAUGGUGAGACGCGAGAUGAGGUAG